AGAGGCCACCCAUAAAAUGUUAUCUACAUUUAUUGCAUAUAGCAGAAUAAGAUAUGAAAGAAUAAAUAAGGUUGUGUGCUACCAUAUAACUUUCUGUAAAAUCUGUUUUGAGUAAAAUUAGUGUUUAAAAAAAUUACGUACUUAUUGUAGGUACCUGGAAUUUUUUUCUGUGUGGACGAAACCGUGAAGUGGUGAACCUAAUUUUUUUAAUUUUUCAUACAUAACAUGACAGUAUCAUAAUUAUCACACGUCUUUUGCGUUAGGUUAAGAGCAUCAUGAUAGACAUUGAUAGUGUUACAGUAAACUAUAUAUAUUAUCAAACACCACACAUUUCACGUGUAACUAAAUUCAAUGAAUUGCCUAGGUUAUGAUUUUAACUGUUUAAAAAAAAACUCACAAAAAUAAUAAGUAUUAAUUUUUAUUCAAACAAUACUUUUGAUGAAUAAUCGUUAAAAACACCAUGCAAAAGGUCUUUACUUUAUUUCAAUUAAUUAGCUAUGUGGCGGCAAAAACAACACCAACAACAACAACAACAACAACAAAAAAAACAACAAUGCCUAGAACAACAAUGCCUAGAACAACAAUGCCUAAAACAACAAUGCCUUCAACAACAAUGGAUAGCACACCAGUGGAUGGAACAACAAUGGAUGACAACACAGAAGACGCAGAACAUGCUACUAGACCCACAGAACCUAGUGAGCCUGAUCUACCAGAAUUUCGGUUUUUUGAAGGCAACAGAUAUCCAUUCUUGGUAUUUAUUCAUGUGAAACUUCCCAAUGGUUUAAGUGGUAAUUGUGUUGGUACUUUGAUAGAACCAAGUAUAGUGUUGACCUCUGCACAUUGCACAUUCGACAUUCCUCCAAAACAUAUAAUGGUGUACAAUCAUUAUUUUAACAAAAAGCACAUGCGACAUGUCUCCCACGUAUAUCAACACAAAUCUUAUAAUGAUCGUAAACAAGACCAUGAUAUUAGCAUAUUGAAAGUAAGUACUUAACGUAACAGUUACCUCGUCAGACUUAUAGUGAAUGCAUAUUGUAGGUACAUACAUUUUACUGAUUUUUUUGUACUGGGUAAACUGUUUUACAGUUAGGUAUGUUUUAUGGUUUAAAUUUUAAAAUAUACCUAU